AUGCUUUAUCUUUUGGUUCAAGUUAAUGAAAGUAUUAAACGUAUAGUUCCCGAACAUGUAGUGAGCAUAGAAUUUACAAAUAAUCAGUUUAGUGAUCUUUUUGGUGCAGUUACAUUAGGAGAAUAUGGUGAUAGAGAAGUAGAAGUUUUUAUUAGACGUGAAAAGUCUGAAAUCUGGAAAAAGGUUGACAAUGGGUUAAAAGGAAAUUUAGAAAUGUUAGAAGUUUUGAAAUAUUCUCAAGUUAAAUUUUGUCUUAUUGAAAAAACACAUUUAGAUACACCACAAAUCACAAAUACUUUAAAUGCUUUUGAUAUUUUAAUGAACAAUUCAUAUCAAACUUUACUUCCUCAACAUUGUACUGAAUAUAAUGAUUGUAAUAAACUUUAUAAUGAAAUUAUUGAUCUAUUUCGUAAUCAAAAUGUUGGCUGGACAGGUGGUGUUCAUGAUACAAUUGGUAAAGCAUUUGUGAAUCGUAUUAUGAAUGCAAUUUGGUAUAUUGAUCCACAUCUUUCUACUUUGCAUGCACGUUCAUGUAACUUGCCGGUCUUUUUUACACAACUAAAAACCUAUCAGGAUGGGGAGACGUAUAAUAAAUUUUACCAUACCAGUCAUCAUAAAAAAAACCCAUUAUCACGGCAAAAAUUGGUUUACCUUUCAAGUUCUCUUGAAUUAUUUGUCAGUCAACCAUGGGCGAAUAAUGAUGUGUGGAAUCAAGUAAUUCCUGCAACUUUAUCUUUAAUUGAAAUCUUAAAAAAAUAUGCAGGAUAUCUGACUAUAAUUACUACCAAUAUGAAUAUUCUUCAUCAUAGUGAUGGAAGUGCUCACAAUCCUGAAAAUGAUUGUACUAUGUAUCAAAUUAUUGCUUGUAAAAAUGAGAAUCUUAAUGAUAUUUACAGUCAGCUGAAUGAUGUUUUACUUGAAAAACAGAUGUAUGAAUAUAUUGAUAUUAAGCAAUAUCUUCCAAUUGAUAUUAUGAAACGAUAUCGGUUCAUAAAAGAAUUGCAGCUCACAUUUCCAAUAGGUGUAUAUAGAUAUCAUCAAGGCAAUUAUUUAGGAACCAUUAAUUAUGUGUGGAGGGUUCCAGAAAAUGAAGAUGAAUUAAAUGAAACUUUGAAAGCACGCAUGUUGGCCAGGAUUCAUAAAGAAUUGCCUCAUCGUGAUAUAGAAGAAAGAUUACGAUUAAUAUUGACUUUAGCAGAUCCAAAUAUUAUAUUUGAUUUGCGGACAAAUAAUGGAUUCAAAGGGAUGAAGUUUAAUGAAUUCUGGAAUGAAACAGAUGCUUAUUUCAAUGAGCAGGUAAAUAUUUUACGUUAA